AUGCCAUUUACUUUUCUUUAUUUCUUUUCCCUCAUGUUUUUUUUUUUUGGUGUCUUUUUUUCUUUUCAUCAUUUUUCUUUUUGUUUUCAUUGUCCUCGUGAUUUUGAAACAUGUAAUGCCAUUUACUCUUUCUUUAUUUCUUUCUUUCCCUCACUGUUUUUUUUUUUGGUCUUUUUUUUUCUUUUCAUCAUCAUUUUCUCCUUUGUUUUUCAUUGUCCUCGUGAUUUUGAAACAUGUAAUGCCAUUUACUCUUUCUUUUUAUUUCUUUCUUUUUCCCUCACUGUUUUUUUUUUUGGUGUCUUUUCUUUUUCUUUUCAUCAUCAUUUUCUCCUUUGUUUUUUCAUUGUCCUCGUGAUUUUGAAACAUGUAAUGCCAUUUUCUCUUUCUUUUAUUUCUUUCUUUCCCUCACUGUUUUUUCUUUGGUGUCUUUUCUUUUUCGUUUUUGAUCAUCAUUUUUUCUUUGUUUUCAUUGUCCUCGUGAUUUUUGAAACAUGUAAUGCCAUUUACUCUUUCUUUAUUUCUUUCUUUCCCCUCACUGUUUUUCUUUGGUGUCUUUUCUUUUUCUUUUCAUCAUCAUUUUCUCCUUUGUUUUUCAUUGUCCUCGUGAUUUUGAAACAUGUAAUGCCAUUUACUCUUUCUUUAUUUCUUUCUUUCCCCUCACUGUUUUUCUUUGGUGUCUUUUCUUUUUCUUUUCAUCAUCAUUUUCUCCUUUGUUUUUCAUUGUCCUCGUGA